UGGAAGUGUGAGGAAAGGCCUGCAAGACAUCUGCCUCUUCUCUCUCUCUCUCUCUCUCCCUCCCUGCAUUUCCCUCUCCAUAAUAAAGGAUAAUAAUAAAGCGGUUACAGUAGUUUUAGUUGCAACUCCUUCACAUUCUACAACCUCUACCUUUUUUUAAUUUUUUGGUAGUUUCGUCGCAAUCUCUUGCAUUUUAGAAUUUUCUCCCUCUUGCAUUUUCUUCUUGGAUAGAUCUGUGUUGGCAUUUACUUUCUUGGGAGCUCAAGGUAUUGGGUUUCCAUGGAUUGUUUGUUGCCAUGGCUUUUACCAAGUUCUGUUGUAUGUUGUCCUCCAUGUAAUGAAAAAAAGAUUUGAUUUUGUUGUCUGGGUAUCUUGAAUUUUUGCUUCUGUUUAUGACUGGUUGAAUGUAGAGGGAAAAUCGGACAUUUUUUUUGUUUGAAGGAUCUUGUUGGAAGGAAAUUUAUUAAGGGGGGUGAGAGAGCUUAUAGUUUAGUUUAAAGUUGAUGUCUUGGUGGUUGGUGCUAAUAACUUCUGAUUGGCUGUAAAUUGCUAGGAUUUGAGUACAAAUUUUGGAUGUUUGCUUGAGAGAAGCUGUGAAGAACUCAGGAUUGAGUAAAUCUGUGCUGGUGGUUAACUUGGUACAUUGAUUUGGAGUUUUCUGAUUAUUAAUCUUUGGGAGUUUGGAGUAGAAUUGUUUUUGGCUUUUGGUUUCCCUUACAUUUGAAGGGGAAAAUGGAAGUAGAUGCAAUGCCUAUAGGAGGAGAAGGGGAUUCUAGAUUUAUACUUUGACUACAAAUUAGAUACUUAUAUUUGUAGAGAGAGAGACUGUUAUUUCUUAUUUAGGAUUACAGCUGAGAGCUGAUUUCAGCUGUGUUUGAGAGCAUUUGGAGAGGGAGUUGCAGUUGAAUUUAUGGGGGUUUGAAUAUUAUAAUCCCUUUUUGAGGUGGGACUUGAAAGCUUGAAGGGGGAGCAAAUAUGGCUGCUAAGCUUUUGCAUUCAUUGACUGAUGACAAUCCAGAUUUGCAAAAGCAGAUUGGGUGUAUGACAGGGAUCUUUCAACUCUUUGAUCGUCAAAAUAUGCUAACUGGAGGAAGGCGCGUAGUUGGCCAUAGCCCUAAACGACUGAUUUCUGGUAGUCCUCACUUCAACGAUGACACUUCUGAAAAAGAGUUUAGCAGUAUCUACCAGAGACCAGCAGUAGCGGAUAACCAAAUACAUAAAAACGUACAGGAGAAACAAAGGUUAUCCACAGAAUCAUCAAGACCCUCGUUCUCAUCUUCAUCUCGCUCCUCUUCGUUCUCUUCUCUUGAUUGUAAUAGAACAGUUCAGCCAGAGCCCUUGGCUUUUGAUCGCGUGAUUUUUCCUGAAACUCCUUCAAGAGACCAAGCAAUGAACCAGAUAAAAACAUCUCAAUAUGGGCGCCAAACCCUUGAUAUUAGGGAUGUGGUUAAGGACUCUAUGAAUAGAGAAUCACAGGUGAAAUCGACACUCAGAGAGGAGGUAGCAGAAUCUAUUACGAAGCACAGGGAUUCUCCUAGGCCUAUGCAACUUUCCCAAACCUUUGACGGGAACUAUGGAGCGGGACUCUAUGCAAAGCAGAAUACGCCUGUUGACCUUAAAGAAUCUCUUAGGGUUCUUGCUAAACUUCGAGAAGCUCCUUGGUACUACAAUGAACCUAGACAACUUUCAAGAUCAUCAUCGUACCACUCAAAAGAUGGUUCUAUUACUAUCUCAAAAGAUGCUCCUCGGUUUUCAUAUGAUGGGAAGGAAACGCGUCAUCUAUCCUUUGAAUCACGUGAAAUUUCCAAAUCUGCAUUGAAACAGCUACCGAGACUUUCACUUGACAGUAGUAGAGAGACUUCGGUGCAAAGCUUUCACUCCGAGUCAAAAUCAAACUUCUGUACGAAAUCUUCCCAACAAGAUGCUGGCUACGCCAAUGCGAAGUCCGUGAGUCUUCAGCAAACAUCAGGAACUCAGGCACGGCCUCCAAGUGUUGUAGCUAAGCUAAUGGGUCUGGAAACACUUCCGGAUUCUUCGACACCGAGUGAUGGUAAUAUGAGGUCGACCAAAAAUUGUCAAGUUGAUGAUCCACUUCCGCUCUCAAGGUCUUCAGAUGUAAGUGACCAAUGUAAACAUAUCCAAAUUUCUAGUUCCACGAGAAACCUGUGGAAGGAUCCAACUUCACCUCGUUGGAGGAACACUGAUUCAGCAAUGAAGCCAACCUCCAGAUUUCCAAUUGAACCAGCACCCUGGAGGCAUUUUGACAAGACACGAGCAUCUGAGAAACAAACAUCUAGGAACACAAAAACUCCCGCAAAGCUUCCGAACUCAUUUCCUUCUGUUUAUAGUGAGAUAGAGAAGAGAUUGAAGGAUCUUGAGUUCACUGAAUCUGGCAAGGAUCUCAGAGCACUUAAGCAGAUACUGGAAGCAAUGCAGGUGAAGGGACUCCUUGAAACCCAAAAAGUUCAGGAAUCAAAGUUUUCUGGUCAAAAGGAGCAUCAACAAAAGUAUGCUAGUUCUCUACAGACUGCAAAGUUGACACACCAGCGAAUGAGGCAGAGUGAUCAAGUGACUGCUUCCACGAGCAGGGGGUCUAAUUCAUUAAGGCACUUUGAGUCCCCAAUUGUAAUCAUGAAGCCAGCAAAACUCAUGGAAGAAUCUGGUAUUUCACCUUCUUCUGUGAUUCCACUUGAUGGCUCAUCUUGUCCCUCCAAACAUCAGGGUGCAGAAGGCUUCCGUGGUAGAAAGGGAGCUGUUGCUACGACAACAGCCAAAGAUCAAACUCCUAAAGCUAGUCAAAGAGUGAACAUAAUCAAUUCCUCUGAUUCAAGAAUCAACAAUAGAGCUUCUAAAUCUUCACAGGCUUCAGCUAGGUCCAAAGAAAGCACCUCAGGCUCAUUAAAGACCUCAGGAUCCAUCAGCCCUAGGUUGCAACAGAAGAAACUUGAGUUGGAGAAGCGAUCUCGGCCACCCACACCCCCAUCUGAUUCUAACAGAUCGAGAAAACAAGCAAACAAGCAACCAAUGGAGUCCAACUCCCCCGGUGGAAGACGCAGACCAAAGAUGUCCACUAUCCAGCAAAAUGAUGACCAACUGAGUGAGAACGAAAUCUCUGUUCGAUCAAAUGGGAGUGUUAUAUCAGACUCAAAAGAAGAAAUAGAAGUUACUAGUUCUUUAGUGUCUUUUGAGAAAAACAGCAUCCAGAGUCCUAUGAAAUCUGUUGAGUCCUUGAUUUCUAGUUGCAUAGAAAAGAGAUCAACUUCUGUGCUUUCCGAAGAUGGAUCAUUGGCUGCUAUGGUUGCCCCCGAGUAUCCCAGUCCUGUUUCUGUCCUUGACAAUCUUGUGUAUGCAGAUGAAUCACCCUUGCCUGGGAAGCGUGUCCCUGAAGUCCUAGAUAAUGGAUACAAGGAUCCAGAUAGUGUCUCUAGUAAUCCAUCUGAUGAUCUGUUCUCGAACAACAUUGGUUCCGGUAUUACCCCGGAGUUCAACCGAAGGAAACUACAGAACAUUGAGAAUCUUGUUCAGAAACUCAGAAGGUUGAAUUCUAGUCACGAUGAAGGCCGCACAGAUUAUAUUGCGUCCCUCUGUGAGAACACGAACCCGGAUCAUAGAUAUGUUUCCGAAAUUCUAUUAGCUUCAGGCCUUCUCCUUAGAGACAUCGGGUCAAGCAUAACGGUGUUCCAGUUCCAUCCAUCCGGCCUCCCAAUCAAUCCCGAGCUGUUUUUGGUUCUGGAGCAAACUAGGGCAAGCACUUCAGUGAAGGAAGAAUACAGCAGUGAAAAUAUCGCCCAAUUGAAGUCCAAAGAGAAGGUCCACCGUAAGCUUGUUUUCGACCUUGUCAAUGAAAUCCUUGCGACAAAACUGGCUUUUCUAGGAACCUUUUCUGAGCCGUGGGUGAAGCCCCAGAAGUUAGCGAAGAACACCCUGAAUGCACAAAAGCUACUUAGAGAGCUGUGCUCGGAAAUCGAACAGCUUCAAGCUAAAUCAUCCAAAUGCGAGGUGGAGGACGAGGAUGAUGAGCUGAAAAACAUAUUGUGGGAGGACGUGCUGCACCGGUCAGGGAGUUGGACGGAUUUCAACCACGAGAUCUCGGCUAUUGUGCUCGAUGUCGAGCGUUUGGUGUUCAAAGAUUUAAUCGGCGAAAUAGUCCGAGGCGAGGGCGAAAACUCGAGGAACAAACCGUCGAGGCGCAGGCAGUUGUUCACAAAGUAGUUUGCCCGUUUCUUCUUCCGUUUUCAAUGCUUCGUGUCGGUGAGUAAUUUCCCAUCGCUUUUGAUUUUUAUCGGCUUUGUAACGAGUAUGAUAUAUGAAGAAUGCAAAAGUGUACUAACAGUAUACUGAUAGUGAUGGCAAUCUAUUCAAAACCAGCUUACCUUGUAUAUCUCUUCCCAGAAUUCUUUAGCUUAUUAUAGCGCUCUCAUUUCCUGUCAUUCAAUGGUUAAAUAUGGACAGUGUGCUUCAGCUUUUCAUUUCUGGUUUCUAUAUGAAUGUCAGUGUAGUAACACUGUAACAGAUUUGUGAA